AUUCAUAGUACGGAAUUUUCAGGCGACAUUUGUGUCCGUUAAAAAGUUUAUUUUUUGAGAUCACUGAAAGUGAGAUAAGUCAAAUAAGUUAUUGUGGAAUUAAACAGUGAAGUGAAGGAGUUUCUACUGGAACAGGAAAAGAUUUUCUUCUCAAAGGAUAAAAGUGAUUUUAAAAAAUAAAUAUGAGAGUUCAAGUUGUGGCCUUUGUGAUAGGCCUCGCAGUGUUCGUAGGAGCAGACGUUAGCCAUCUUAAGCAUGCUAAUUCACCGUCGAAUACAUUAUCAAAUGAUGAUCAUCAUAACUUUGUGUCGAUUAGGUUCAACGAUGCUGGUAACACUGACAAUUCUAACUCUCGCUAUUGGUGGUUGAACUCAGAGACCUCGCCAUUCACAAAGAAACAUGAUCAAGAACAUAAUUUAAACAACUACCGACAUGAUUCACAUAACUCAAUACACGAUACACAACACCAAAAUUAUAACCAGAAUCCAUUCUUAAAUAAUAUCAGGUCGCAAAAAGGACAUUCUCAAGCAAAUAUUUAUGCACACAUGGCUACACUUUCAGGAUCACCCAGUGAAGUAAACAGUCUCAUGCUUGACAAUACAACACAAACGAAUUACAUUUCAAACCGAUAUCAAGAAAAGAUCUCGUGCUAUGGCGCAAGUCAAGUGUGUGCACCAAAAGAUGCUUGCGACAAUGGUUUCAUUAGCGAGAAAGACCUUGGAUUAGUGUUGAGUCAAUCAAACAAUUGUGAUAGUCAGCUUGAAACUUGUUGUAACAUUCUGCCAGUUGUUAAAACUCAGUCACAAGUUGCUCAAAUCUCAUCAUGCACUGAAGAAAACACAGCUUGUGUGCCAUCUAAAUUUUGUUUUAACGGCUACAUCGAUCAAUCAGUUGAACACAGAGCUGUUCGUAGUGCGAACGGCCUUUGUUACGCUCCCGAAGUCUGCUGUCGCUUUAAUGACAAAAAACGAUCAGCACCGACGUUUACUGACAGUGAUUAUGCUGCCGCAUCAACGUCGGAAGUUUUGACAAAGGAAGGAUAUGUCGUGAAUGUGCCCAGUAAUCAAUACUUGCCGAGCUUCCCUGAUCGACCUGCUAAACCAGUUCGACCUGCUGAACGUCCCGAGCCUGAAUUUAAUCCAGAUGCUUCGAACAAUGACCCAAGUAGAUUAAAGCCUGAAGUUGUUACUCAGCCACCUGUGGUACGUCCACAGCCAACACGACCCCAACCAACACGGCCCCAACCAACACGACCUCAACCAACACAACCAGCUUAUCAACCAAAGUGUUCUAAUGGAGCUCCAGAUUCUGCCUAUCCAGAUUGUUGUACAAAUGGAGGUCGUGGUCGUUACUGUUGUACUAAUGGUGCCAACAACCCUGACUGCAGCUUACCGGGAACUAAUCCACCAUACACGCCACAAGUUUCUACAUUGAGACCAACUGCUCCACCACCAAGAAUUAUUCCAACAACUCAAAGACCUUAUCAACCACAACCUAAUCAGCCACGACCUUCAAUUACAUUGCAAGAUCAAGCAGUUCCUAUUGUCCCCGCUGGAUGUCCCGCCGCUAUGAACUGUACGUUGAUUGAUUAUUGUAAUGCUAUUGGCGUUAUCUCAGAAAGCCCCGUUGAGUUGACAGAAUUCCAGAAAACAUAUCGAGUUCCUAUGACAGACUGCAUGAUUAUGCCAUCAAGAGAACUUGGUAAAUGUUGUCGCGAUCCAAACUAUGUCGAUCCAUGGCCAAUCGGUCAAUUGGGUCAAUACAAUGCUGAUGAAUUGAAUGCUGUUUUUGACAGUGGCGCUUACAAGGGCGAACGUCAAAAGGCUUCAUCAAGUCGACAAGUUCCUGUUCGUGUUGCACCAAAUUCGUAUGUAGCUUCUACAAAUCAGGUCGUUACUCGUGUAUCAGCACCGCAACAAAGACCAAACAGAGAAAUUCCGCUUUCACCAGUAGCAACACCACAAGUGCCAAUCGUUCAACAAACUCAAAUUCCAACUCAAACAACAACAACAUCACAAUCCUGUGGUGUCAGAAAUUACAACACUCAACCUCGUGGACGAGCUCCAUUAGGAACCGGUUUUGGUGAAUUCACAUGGGUGGCAAUGGUGAUUCUCGAAUCAAAGAAAGCUCUCUUGUGUGGCGGAUCUAUUGUUGAUAAAAAUGUUGUCGCGACUUCAGCAAAUUGUGUUCAUGGUUAUAGACAUAAUGAUGUGCUGAUCAAGGCAGGUGAAUGGCGUUUGGGUAGUGAUGAAGAGCCAAAGCCUUUCCAAAUUGUUCGUGUUCAACGAAUUAUUUUCCACCCACAAUAUGAACCUAAGACACUCGAACAUGACAUUGCAUUAUUGUAUUUGGAGAAUGAUAUUAAAUAUGACACACAUAUAGGACCGAUAUGUUUGGAUGAAUCUGACACGACAUCAUCGACAAGCAGCGAUUGUGUUACAACAGGAUGGGGAAAGGAAGUUUUGAAAAUUCAUCUUGGAAAUGCUUUAAUGCAGCACACACAAGUUUCAGUUCUUCCGCAAGAUGAAUGCCAAUCAAGGCUUGAAUCAUCUCAAUUGGAAUUCAAAUCAUCACUUGUUUGUGGAGUCACGCAACAAGAUGCAUGUCAAGUUGAUCCAGGUAGUGCGCUUGCUUGUGCUGACAGUUCUGGUCGGUACCAUCUUAAAGGCGUUUACUCAACAGAAACAGGUUGCAAUAAUCCCAAUCAAGUUGUUGCUUACACACGAACAGAUCUCCAAUGGGUUCGGGAGAUUCUUAGAAAUCCAGCAAGAGCGGCAUUUAUUUAUUAAGAGAUAAAAAUAAUCAGUGAUAAGAUCGUAUUAUGCAUAAAUUUCUCACAAUAGAUUCACUCAACACUGCAUAAACUUAAAUGAUAUUACGAAAAAGUGUUUGAUCUUAGAAAGUUAAAAAUUCUCAAACAUUUCUUUCGAUUUAUUUUAUCACAGACUUGAAACAUUUUUAUUUUUAAACGCUUUAGCCUAAGAAAUCAAAUUUUCAUUUUCACACAUAUCUUUAAUUUCGAUUUAUAUAUUCGUUUUAAGCACCCACUUACAUAGAUACUUUCUCGCCACUUCCCGAAACUUGCUUUAGAUCUUAGAUUAGAAAGUAGAAUACAACUGAUCUGCCACAAGAUUAUUACAAAAUUAAGUUUCGUACAUUUUUCUUGCAUGUUGAACAUUUCUUUUGUUGGUGCAUGGAAGAAGAGUUGAAGCUAAAAUCCAUGCACGCGGUUCAGUUCUUAAAUCUCUUAUUAAAUGGAAUUUAUUUUAUAAAACAUUUGUCUAAAGUUAAAAUUUAAACUGGAAUUAAAAACAAAGAAAAGAAGAAAAAUAUAUAAAAGAAUUUUA